AUGGACGCCCUGAAGAACGCUGGAAAAGUAAACAACGCCAAGGAAGAAGCCAAAAAUGUUAGCCAAAAGCCCGGUCAGGCCGCUAAAGGCAAUGUCGAAGAUGUAAAAUCCGGCGCUAACAAGAAUGUACAGGACCUCAAGAAUAAUCCCCAAAACGCCGCCAGCAAGGCCAAGGGAGAAUAUGCCAAGCAUUCCGCCAAAAACAACUUGAACCAACACAUGCCUGGUGGCUUCAACAAGAACGACGAAGAUGCCGCUGGUAAAGGCGCCUCUAAUGUAGGCGGUCAAUCCGACUCCCCUGACAAGGGUGCCUCUAAUGUGGGUGGUCAACCAAGCUCCCCUAGCAGAGGUAGAGAAGUGCAAGGCGCUGAGGGUCUCGGUGCUGGAACUGGAGCUGGAGCUGGUGCUGGUGCUGGUGCUGGUGCUGGUACUUAUGGCGGCCCUCAACGUUCUGCUACCCAACGCGAAACUGGUCAUGGAUAUCCAAGCGUUCAUCGCGAACAGAGCACAAAGUCUAGCCACGGUGGCUAUGAAGGAUCCCGUUCCGUCUCUGCUAACGGCGGUGACCCACAAUUCACCAAUGUGAAGAUUACUGCUACCCAAAACAACAUUGAUGCCCUUACUGGUGCUCCCGUUCGCAUUGUCACUACCACCAAUGCCCGUAUCCAACCCGACGACAAGUCUCUUCACGAAUUGCUUGAACAAAGACAACGUGCCUUGCGUGAGGCCCGUGAAGCUGAAGAAGAACUUCGUCGUGCCCGCCAUUUUAAUAACCGUUCUAGUUCCGAGGCUGCUGGUCUCGAAUCCCGUGCCAGACAACGCGCUGAAGCUGCUGAGAUCGCUUCUCAACGCGCUCGUGAUGCCCAAGCCAACAUCGAACGCUCUGCUAGUCUCAGAGAAAGACAAGCUAAAGAAGAGGCUGACCAUGCUCACGCUGUCUUGCGUGAAGCCGAGUUGAAGCACCGUCUUGCUCAAAGAGGUGCCAACCGUGAUGUUGCCAGAUCAAGAUUGGAAGUUGCUCUCAGAAAUCAGGAGUUGUUGCAAGCUGACAGAGAGAGAAAGGUAUCACACCAAAGAGCUAUUAUUGAUAGCUGCAAGGACGACUUGGAUCGCGCCAAUCAUGACGCUGCUCUUGCCGAAGCUCAGAACAGAAAAAUCCAAUAUGAAUUCAGUGCUUUGCUUGCUGAAUUGGAGGAACGCAAUGAUACCACGCUUCGUACUGCUUCUAUCCGUGAGGCUGAAGCCAGAAACUUGGAAGUCCACAUGGAUGAUACUUUGAAGGAUGCCAGAAUGAGAAGCAGAAAUGCUACUGAGCAAGUUGACCGCCUCCGUAGUGAAAACAAGGCUAAGUACGCUGAAAUUGAUACUGGUGUCAACCAAGCUCGCAAUGCUUAUGCUCAAUAUGAGCAAAACAUUCCAACCAGACGCCAACAAUACGGAUCCGAGCUUGACGAUGCAGCUGAGGCCUUGAAAGCUGCUCAAGCACGCUUCGAUGCUGCCAAGAGAAGGGUUGACCAAUUUGAAUCUGAAUCUCGUCAACAAUUGUCACUUCUCCAAAACAGAAUCCGUGAUUCUGAAGAUGCCGCCAACCAAUUCCGUAUUCAAGCCGACAAGAGAGACAAGGAGAUUCAAUACAGUGUCACUCAAGCUUAUGACGCGGUCAAGGCAGCUGAAAAGCGUAAUGAAAAGAUUGCCGAAGCUGCUAGAGCUAAAGAAUUGGAAGCUAAGGAAUUGUAUGCUACUGCUCAAAGCAUCACUCAAGGAUUAGAAACCAAGCGUGCUCACCCUCCAUCUCCUGUGAGAGGUAACUUCCAAGCUGAAAUUGAACGUGCUCAGCAACGCUACAAUAUUGAACAAUCCAAAUUGAGUGAAUUGGAUACUCGUGAACCUUCCGACUAUGCAAGCGAUGUUGAAGCUGCUAGGAAUGCAUUGAGAGAAGCCGAAAACGCUUAUGUAAGUGUUGAACGUGAAUACACCAGCGUUAAAGGUAGCAACGAGAAUUUUAAACCCACUAGCUAUACUACUGAGCCUAGUAGUAGCGGCAGCUAUGAACAUCAGAAACCGGAGGAGACUAGUACUACAAACCGUGGUGCUUCUCAAGCAUAUCACUACCCAGCAACUACUAAUGCUCCCACUACUACUUCUAAGAGUGCUGGUCCUGCUUAUGUAGAUGCUCCUCAUCCCGGCACUGGUCCAUCAGGAUCCCACGCUGGUGCUGCUGGAGCCGGUAUCUCAACCGUUCCUGGUACUGCUCUUGGUGCAGAUAAUGUCAGCGGUACUUACGGCGGUGGUGGUAAUCUAGGUGGCAGCGGUGCCAAGGGAACCCAGAAUAAGGGUAGCGGCAACGGUCUCAAGGAUGACCUUAGCGACUCCGAUUCCGAGUCUAGGGACAUCUCAAGGAAGAAGAGUGGAAAGUCUGCAAAAUCCGACCGUAGAGGCAGCGCCAGCAGUACAACUAGCCGCGGCGGAUUGAUGUCUAAUGUCAAGCACGCAUUGGGCAUGGAUAAGUAA